GGCGCACCGGGCUGAAACGGUGGCAGCGCCGCAGCCGGGGUCGGAGCGCAGGAGCUGACGGGGCCCGGCCGGGAUGGUGCAGCGGCGGCUCCUCGGCGCACACACGCACUGAGUGGGCCCAAGCUGGGCCCCGCGCCCCCCGCGCCCCCCGCCGCCCCGAUCCCGGCCGGCAUGAUGUGCCUGGAAUGCGCCUCGGCGGCGGCGGGCGGCGCGGAGGAGGAGGAGGCGGACGCGGAGCGGCGGCGCCGGCGCCGGGGGGCGCAGCGAGGGGCCGGCGGUGGCGGUUGCUGCGGGGCGCGGGCAGCGGGCGCCGCUGGAGUGGCGACCGCCGACGAUGAGGUGCAGACGCUGUCGGGCAGCGUGAGACGGGCCCCUUCCGCACCCCCCAGCACCCCCAGCACCCCCAGCUGCGCAGCCGCUGCCAAGGGCCUCGGCGCUCAGCAGCCCAAACCAGCCAGCUUGGGCCGCGGGCGGGGGGCAGCCGCUGCCAUCCUCAGCUUGGGCAACGUGCUCAACUACCUGGACAGGUACACCGUAGCAGCAUUCAUCUGCAGCUUCAUGGUGGCCGCCCCCAUCUUUGGCUACCUGGGUGACCGCUUCAACAGGAAAGUGAUCCUCAGCUGCGGGAUCUUCUUCUGGUCGGCUGUCACGUUCUCCAGCUCCUUCAUCCCGCAGCAGCACUUCUGGCUGCUGGUCCUGUCCCGCGGGCUGGUGGGCAUCGGUGAGGCCAGCUACUCCACCAUCGCGCCCACCAUCAUCGGCGACCUCUUCACCAAGAACACGCGCACACUCAUGCUGUCUGUCUUCUACUUCGCCAUCCCUCUGGGCAGCGGCCUGGGCUACAUCACCGGCUCCAGCGUGAAGCAGGCGGCCGGAGACUGGCACUGGGCCUUGCGGGUGUCCCCCAUCCUGGGCAUGAUCACAGGAACGCUCAUCCUCGUCCUGGUCCCGGCCACUAGGAGAGGCCACGCUGACCAGCUCGGGGGGCAGCUCAAGGCCCGGACGUCAUGGCUCCGAGACAUGAAGGCCCUGAUCCGCAACCGCAGCUACGUCUUCUCCUCCCUGGCCACGUCAGCCGUGUCCUUCGCCACAGGGGCCCUGGGCAUGUGGAUCCCGCUCUACCUGCACCGCGCCCAAGUCGUGCAGAAGGCGGCGGAGACGUGCAGCAGCCCGCCCUGUGCGGCCAAGGACAGCCUCAUCUUCGGGGCCAUCACCUGCUUUACGGGUUUUCUCGGGGUGGUCACGGGCGCAGGAGCCACACGCUGGUGCCGCCUGCGGACCCAGCGGGCUGACCCGCUGGUGUGCGCUGUGGGUAUGCUGGGCUCCGCCAUCUUCAUCUGCCUCAUCUUCGUGGCGGCCAAGAGCAGCAUCGUGGGGGCCUAUAUCUGCAUUUUUGUAGGGGAGACGCUGCUGUUUUCUAACUGGGCCAUCACAGCGGACAUCCUCAUGUAUGUGGUCAUCCCCACCAGACGGGCCACCGCCGUUGCCCUGCAGAGCUUCACCUCCCACCUGCUGGGGGAUGCCGGAAGCCCCUACCUCAUUGGCUUUAUCUCCGACCUGAUCCGCCAGAGCACCAAGGACUCCCCGCUCUGGGAGUUCCUGAGCCUGGGCUACGCCCUCAUGCUCUGCCCCUUCGUCGUGGUCCUGGGUGGCAUGUUCUUCCUGGCCACCGCGCUCUUCUUCCUCAGCGACCGCGCCAAGGCUGAGCAGCAGUGCUACUGGGAUAAUGAAGAACCCUGGCUCCUACCUAGUCUGGGAGGUGUCCCCCGACGCCCUGGCCCCGUAGGGCUGUCCCGAAGCUUUCCAUGUGACCCACAGCUGGGUGCCCACCGGCUCUGCUCUGGGACUGCUGAGUGGCCUUGGCUCCAAGAAGCUGUGUCCUCAGCUAACCUGGAAGGCUGUGUGUGCUGGAGCCAUGCGCUGGGACAGACCCCCAGGCCUGGGUCUGGGCUGCAGGGGCCCUGGGCCCCAGGAAGACGACAGCCCACUGUGGGUAUGUGGAGAGAAGCCGGCCUGUCCCCAGCUUAUGUGAUCCUGGGGCAGUCUCUGCCCUCCCCAGACUCUGGGGCCGGGGGGCUGGACUUUCCCGCACAGCUUGCUGGGCAAGGCGUCAUCUGCAGCUUUGAAGACACGACACCCCCUGGACUGCACAGAGAAGGGGUGGCCCAAGCCUCAGGGCGGCACUUCCGGCUCUGAGGCUCCCUGAAGCGCCUGGGGCGUGAGGACUGCAGCCUGUCAGCUGGGCCUCUGACCUUGUGGACGUUGGACUCAACCUGGCAGAGCCGGGCACCCAAGUUGCUGGUCGCUCUGGAGGACAUCUGUCUCUGCUGCCUUGGGCUGGCUGUCAGCUCGGAGAUCUCCCAGGUGGGGGACCAUCCUGACAGGGAGCUGGCAUUACCAGGAGUGAAGGCCCUGGUGGCAGCUACACCCCACCUGUGCCCCAGGCUUGAGACCUUUGGGGGUUCCCCAUGCCUACAGGGCUCCUUGGAUCCACCAUAGCACCCCCACCCCCCAGAAGCCAGGAACUGACUCUGGCCCGCAGGCUGGGCCCUUUCCAGGGGCAGCGCCCAGGGGACAAUUCCCAGAAUCUGUGGGGCAGCAGCCAGAGCUCUGGCCGUCAGAGGAAGCAGCCCUCCACUAAGCUUCCUGGCCCAGGGCCAAGCCUGGUGGGAGCGGAGGCACAUCGGGACAGGCCAACACCCAGAGCCACCUCCACGCAAACAGCAGCUGCUUUCAAAUGCAGCCCUUUCCAGACCCCCCCCCCGCCCUCAGAGCCACACGCUGGGGCGCCAGCCCCCCAGCUUCCCCCGUGGAGCUCAUCACAUCCCCUCUGCGUCACACACUCCCUCCCGGUACCUCUGCUGGAAUCAAGGUGGUUCUGGUCUCGGUGGCCCCGUGUGGCCAGCAGGAGACCCUAAGAGCCCUGCGUCACACACUCCCUCCCGGUACCUCUGCUGGAAUCAAGGUGGUUCUGGUCUCGGUGGCCCCGUGUGGCCAGCAGGAGACCCUAAGAGCCAGCCAGCUUAGUGCUCUCUGCCCACAGUUGAAGGGCUGGCGUGGCUUCAAUGGUGGGGAAGUUAGUGGUGUAGCCCCCCUCCCCACCAAGCUCUGGGGCACCCUGGUGGGGGGGCUAACCCAGGGGUGGGCUUCCCCCAAAGACCAGCCUGGCCUCGACUGGGGCCCCAGCAAUGUUUUCUUGUUGUACAAGAACCAGGUCCAAGUGUUGCUUCCUCUUCCCUUCCGGAAGCCAAACUGCUCCUUUAUUUUUUAGAGCUGCUGAUUGUGAAUCUCAGAGUCUUAAGAGAGAAGCCAAAUAUAUUCCUCUUGUAAAUGAAGAAAUAAAGAUAUUUAAGUCAC